AAUUACGUUGUUGGCGGCGGCGGGCGCGAGCGUGUGGCGCGUGUUUGAUCGAUGCCGACCCGAUGAAAACCGCUCGUGUGCUCUUUCAAUUACGCAAAGAUAAUUUUGCGCAAUAAUUGGAUGAAAACAAAAGACCAUUGCAAACACGCAUCCAUAACCUUUUGUAUAUUUAUCCCGAGAUUGGCUGCGUUGCGAGAAGCAGAAAAGUUUAACGUAACUUUGGAUGAAUCCUGUCGAGUAAUAGUUACGAUUGACACUCGUCGCGCGAUAAAGUCGUCAAUUUCUCGUUGAUAUAUCGGAGGAAAGAAAAGGACUAGAUAAAAAUCCAUCACGAUGCCGCAGUCUUUAGUAAAAAAACCCACCAAAUCUGUGAUCACCCUGACCAGGAGUGUGUCACGUUACGGGAGCGAGAUGGGCAUGGACCGUGGCCUGGCCAAAGGGCUCCUGAAGCCCGACGAUCAGUUGAAUCUUAACGAGGAGGAAUUGGACGAGGACAUUGCUCGAGCGCUGACGAUGAAGAAUCACUACGAGCCGAGCUACAUAGUUCAAUGGUCCUACGCGGCGAGAGAGUUCGUCAAGCUGCCCGAUCCACCUGACCUGGUAACGACCCUCGACGUCCAGGAACUCGUGCUGCACAAAGACAGCGAGGAGGCCAAAAUCCAAUUGUCCGGUGGCGCUUACAGAAUUUCGGACGACGACGACAUCAGUGGCGAGGGCGAAGGCGAGGAAGACGAGGGUGAAGAGGACAAAGAAAAAUUCGACGAGGGUUUUGAGGAUGACAGAGAAGAAGGAGAAGCAGGACCCGACGAGCCCGAGGAAGACGAAGGCGAGGGAACACCCGGGAAACCGAAAAAAGUCCCGAAUCAGUUCAAUUAUUGCGAGCGAGCCGCACUCACUUACGACAUUCCCAUACGGGACAUGACGACACAAACCGUGCCACCACCCACUGCCAACUGUUCCGGCCAAGUUUAUCAGGGCUUGAUUUACGACGAUUACACCGCGGACUACAAUCGUCAGCAGCAGGAGAAGGAGAAGGAGAAGAAGUCGUCGCAGCAGCGCGGCCGCGACGAUCCCAAGAAGAAGGCCCAGGAGGAGAACGCGGCAAUGACGCAGCGCAUGCUCCAGGCCGUCAAGACCCUCGAGCGCAUGGUCAAUCAGAACAUCUUCGACGACCUGACCCAGGACUAUCGCUACUGGGACGACCCGAGCGACGAGUUCAAGGAGGGCGAGGGCACGCUGCUGCCCCUCUGGAAGCUCAGCUACGAGAAGACCAAGAAGCACGACGUCACGGACAUGUGCUUCAACGGCAGAUACUACGACCUCUUCGCCGUGGCCUUUGGAUCGAUGUCGUUCAACAAUCCGAUGCCCUACGGCGCGGUCUGCCUGUUCACCCUGAAAAAUCCGUCCUACCCCGAGUGGAUAUGCAUGACCGAGUCGCCGGUGAUGUGCGUGGACUUCAAUCCGCAGCAUCCGCACCUCAUAGUGCUCGGCACCCUCGACGGCUCGGUGGAGGUCUACAACGUGCAGCUGGCCUCUAGCGCGCCCCAGUACAAGAGCAACGACGUCACCCAGAAGCACGCGGGCAUCGUCUGGCAGGUCUGCUGGGCGCCCGAGACCGAGGAAGGCAAUCUCACGUUCUUCAGCGUGAGCACGGACGGCCGCGUCAAUCACUGGGUGUUGAAUCAGAACGACCUGGGCUGCACCACUGUGAUGACGCUGCUGCUCGACAGGCCACCGAUACCCGGGCCCGACGGCACACAGAUGUUGCUCAAGGGCUGCGGCACCUGCAUCGCCUUCCACCCGCAGGACCCGAGCGUCUAUCUCGUCGGCACGGAGGAGGGCACCAUCUACAAGUGCAACACGGCCUACAGCAGCUGCUACAUGAGCACGUACGAGGACGCCCACGACAUGCCCAUCUACAGGAUCGCCUUCAACAAGUUCAAUUCCGACAUAUUCGCCUCGUGCGCCGCCGAUUGGCGCAUCAAGAUUUGGGAGGACGGCCGACCAGAGCCGCUCUUCAUGUUCGAUCUCGGCGUGCCGAUCGGCGACGUCCAGUGGGCGCCCUACAGCGCGACGGUGCUCGCCUGCGUGUCGAACGACGGCAAGGUCAGCGUGUUCGACCUCAACAUCCACAAGUACAGACCGAUCUGCAGCCAAGCCGUGGUAGAUCGCAAGAGGCGCAAACCCACCAGGCUGGCCUUCAAUCACACUCUGCCCUUUAUCAUCGUGGGAGACGACAAAGGUACGAUCAACACGAUGAAAUUGUCGCCGAAUCUCCGGCAGAAGGUCAAGCCGACCAAGAAGCAGCAGAACAUGAGCCACGACGAGCUCGAGCUGGCCAAGCUCGAGAAGCUGCUGAGCUUUGUGCGCGAGCCGGCCGUUCUCGAGCCGCCGACCGACAUGAAGGAAUUCCUUAAGCCUACAUAAUCGAUACCGAG